AUGAAUUAUCACUCGAUGAAGAUGAAGCUAGAUAGACUCUGGGCUGGUUCUUGUAAAGAAGAUGAAGUAAAUCAUUACCUAUCUGAUGGUUACCUCCCCGGUAAUCGCCAAGGUUCCUCUACGAAAGAGGGAACAAAAAGAGUGGCUUAUGAUACCUUUGAUCCAUUUGGGAGCAUAAAUAUCAAAUGGGAUGUUGUCUCUUGGACCCCAGAUGGGUAUGUGGCAGUGGUGAGAAUCGAAAACUCCCAAAUGUACAGGAACAUAAUGAGUCCUGGAUGGACCUUAGGCUGGACAUGGGCUAAGAAAGAAGUGAUAUGGUCUAUGGUGGGAGCUCAAGCCACAGACCAAGGAGACUGCUCCAAAUUUAAAGGAGACAUUCCACAUUGCUGCAAGAAGAACCCCACAAUAAUUGACCUUCUCCCUGGUGUCCCAAACAAACAAAGAUUUUCAGAUUGUUGCAAAGGCGGUCUCCUUAAGUCUUGGGGACAAGACCCUUCAGCUGCAGUCUCAUCCUUUCAGCUCAGUGUUGGCCUUUCAGGUACUUCAAACAAGACAAUAAAGCUACCUGAGAAAUUUGUUUUGCUUGGUCCUGGACAAGGCUAUACAUGUAGUCCUGCUACAAUUGUUUCACCCUCGGUUUUCUUCUCAUCUGAUGGCCAUCGAAGAACUCAAGCAAUGAUGACAUGGACAAUAACAUGCUCUUAUUCAUCAUUUCUGGUAUCUAAGAAUCCACCCUGCUGUGUUUCCAUGUCAUCCUUUUACAACCCUUCCAUCACGCCUUGUCCAUCUUGUGCCUGUGGAUGCCAGGAUCAUAACAACUGUGUUGCAAAUGAUCUAAAGAUUUCAUCAAGUGAUGAGGUGACAUCACGAAGAAGAGAAAUGGUUCAAUGCACAGACCACAUGUGCCCCAUUCGGGUUCAUUGGCAUGUGAAGACCAAUUAUAAAGAGUACUGGAAAGUCAAGAUUGCCAUAACCAAUUUCAGCUACUUGAAGAGUUACCCUCACUGGACUCUUGUCGUUCAGCAUCCAAAUCUUCACAACCUCACCAAAGCCUACAGCUUUGUCUAUAAGCCACUCAGUCAGUACAGACUCUCAAAUGAUACUGGCAUGUUUUAUGGCAUGAAAUAUUAUAAUGAUCUACUGAUGGAAGCCGGCCCUAAUGGACAUGUUGAGACAGAGCUGAUUCUGAAAAAGGACAAGAAAGCUUUCACAUUGGAACAAGGUUGGGCAUUUCCUAUGAAAGUUUACUUCAAUGGUGGUGAAUGUAUGAUGCCCCCUCCUGAUUCAUAUCCACAUCUACCCAAUUCCGCUUAUUCAAAUACAAUUUCAACACUAACUUCGGCAACACUACUGCUGUUCCUGGCAUUGCUGUAGCCUAAUUAUGGUCAAUCCAUAGCACAUGAAAGAGGAUUUUCAUGAACAUAAAUGCCAUCUUCAUAGAAAUUUGUACAGUGUGGAGUCGCACUAUGUGUCCAAAAAGAUAAAAAAGACAGUUAAAAAAUUGUAAUAAAUAGCAAUAAAUAUACAACAAAUUAUGAACUGAGUAAGCUAUGUUUUGCUUUUUAUAUCAUAAUCUAAUACUUUCUUUUUUAAACUGAGCUCUUAGUACUUUGAACACCAAAGCUUGUUCGCUGGUAUUAGAUCUGAGCCUUGAAAUGAUAUUGGAAAGAUAUUUUUC